AUGGGGGAGGACCUUGGCAAGAAAGGUAGGACCAUUCGUGGCCUUGGUUCAUUUCCUCGGAUGCAGAAAUCCACAUCUAGUCGUGCUUUUUGUUUUGGGCCUUCUAUGGAUCAAUGGACUGAGAUGCAAACUCAGUUCAGCCAAAUUGUGGGUAGUGUUUCUGCUCUUCAAAAAGAGAAUGAAAAAUUGAGGGCUGAAUUAGAGGCUAUUAAGGGAUCUCAUGGGCAAAGCAAUGGUGAAUCAUCGCAGCAGUAA